UGAUCUUUUGUUGUAUGAGUUAUCGGCUCAUAAGUUUUGGUCCGAUCCAAUUAGUUCGGCCCGUAUUUCUUUGGGCCUGUGGAGCCCACAAUCCUACUAUAUCAAUAUUUCAUUUUCUUGAGCUGAAAGCUAACUUCAUUUCUUUUUUUUCCUUUUUCAUUUACUAUUUCAUAUUUUCUCCUCCCAUUACCACUUCCAAUCGCUAAACGAAAAUUCACGAAGUAGAGCAAUUAUAAUGGAUCCCGCGAAGACGAUACCACUGGAAGGCCGCGCCGACGAUUUGCUGCGUUUCGGGAUCCACGGCGUCAAGAGCGAUAUCAUCGAACCCCACCCUCUUCAAUCUGCCCGUCGCUCUGCGAAGCAAACGCAAGAAGAGAUGAAGAAGAAGAUCCUGGCGAAUACUUAUGGAGCAGCAUUUCCGAUGAAGAUGGAGAUGGAUUGUCAGAUUCUCUCCAAAUUUCAAAGGCCUCCUGGUGCAGUGCCUUCUUCGUUUGUAGGUCUAGAGGCCUUUACUGGAACUAUGGAAGAGUUUGGUUUUGAAGAUUAUCUCAACGAUCCCAGGGAGUCUGAAUCAUACCGUCCAGUUGACCUGCAUCAUGGUAUGGAAGUUCGUCUUGGUCUGUCGAAAGGACCGCCAUGCCCUAGUUUCAUGUGAAGCAUCAAUUGAUUUUCUGGGGUGGAUCUUAGGUCUUUUCUUGGUGUAUUGAUACUAUUACAUGUAUCUUUGUCCACUUAAAAGGCUCAAAAUAGACUGUGUUGUACUCGUUGAUAACAAGAUAGUUCCUAAAGUGUCAAACAAGCUUGAACAGUA